CCUUCUGGGAGAGGAGUACAGCAUGGGCUUGGCAAGAGAAAAUAACGGGCUUGUGCACUGUGAACAACGGAAGGCAGUUUGUAUCCGAUCCCAAGAACCCUAGCUACGUGUCAAUUUUGAGAUGCAAAAGAAUGCAGUCAUCUGACCCAUUAUCUCCAACUAAGUGCUGCCUUUGCUACGAUAUUUAUGUUUGUGUUUUCUGUUACCUGUAUACUUCAGAGUGGCAAAUGGAAAACUUCACUACAAUUUUACUGCCUUGGAUAACCUUAUGGAUCGCCUGUGGGAGAAUAAGCUAAUUCCAGGUUUUGAAUUGAUGGGAAGUCCAUCCGGAUUUUUUGAAGAUUUUGAAGAUAAAGACCAGGUAGUGAGAUGGAGGAACUUGAUUAGACUUCUGGCCAGGAGAUACAUAGAUAGAUAUGGAUUGGAACAUGUUGCUAAAUGGAAUUUUGAAACUUGGAAUGAACCAGAUCACCAUGACUUUGAUAAUGUGUCUAUGACAGUGAAAGGGUUUCUCAACUAUUACGAUGCUUGCUCAGAAGGAUUAAGAGCAGCCAGCCCUCUAUUGAAAUUUGGUGGGCCAGGAGACUCCUUCCACCCCUUCCCUAAGUCACCCCUAUGCUGGAGUCUUCUAUAUCAUUGCUACAAUGGAACCAACUUCUUCACAGGAGAGACUGGCAUAAGACUGGACUACAUCUCUCUCCAUAAGAAGGGAGGUGGGAGUUCGCUCUACAUCUUGCAACAAGAAGUAGAAGCAAUUGAGCAAAUUCAGAAGCUGUUUCCAAAUUUUACUUCUGUUCCCAUAUACAAUGAUGAAGCAGAUCCGAUGGUUGGAUGGUCAGUUCCGCAGCUAUGGCGAGCUGAUGUGACCUACGCAGCUAUGGUCGUAAAGGUCAUCAUCCAGCAUCAAAACCUGCUCAUUUCCAAACCUAACAACACCAUCAAUUAUACUUUGUUGAGUAAUGACAAUGCCUUCAUGAGCUACUACCCCCAUUACUUCACACAGCGAACUCUGACAGCACGGUUCCAGAUGAACAAUACAAAGCCACCACACGUCCAGAUGGUGCGGAAACCAGUGCUGACUGUCAUGGGCUUACUGGCACUGCUAGGAGAAAAGCAGAUUUUUGCAGAAGUAAACAGCUGUGAAGCCAAAAGCACAGAGAACAGCACAGUCGGUGUCCUGGCAUCUGUGCACACCCCAGCUGAGCAGCAGCCCUCGGACAGCUGGCAAGCUGCUCUACUGAUAUAUAUAAGUGAAGAUAACAGGACUUCACUCAACAUCAGUACUGUUACUGUGAACGCUACCCACUUCCCCAAACUUGAAGAGCUGGUCUAUGUGACAUACUAUCUGGACAACAAGCAAACCAAUCCCUACCUGAUAUGGAAAAAACUAGGAAGCCCUGACUUUCCUUCCCCAGAACAGUUCCAGCAAAUAAGGGAUGCUGAGGACCCGGUGGCAACAGGCCCAUUCCCGCUCCCUGAAGGUGGUGUCCUGACCCUGAAACAGGAUUUCCCAGUUCCUUCAGUCUUUCUUAUCCACAUCUGUGCAAGACCCCGUUCUGUUCCUGAUCAGGUGACUGGUGUUCGUUUCAUCCCUCUCACUAAGGGGCAGGUUAUUGUGUUGUGGGACGAUGGCUGUGUGAAUUCAAGAUGCAUAAGGACAUUUGAAGUGGAAUUCUCACCAGAUGGAAAAGCAUACCAGCGGAUUAAUGCCAAAGACACAAUAUUCACUCUCUGGGUCUACAGUCCAGGUUUGACCAUUGCAGCAAAGGAGGCCAGAAGAAGCUCAGUCUCCGGCUUUUACAGAGUGCGUGCCAUUGACUACUGGGGGAAGGCAGGCCUGCCCUCUGUUCCUGUGGAAUAUGUUGAAGCUUUCAGGCGAAUCUGAAGAGUGGUGCCUGGCUUGGUGGCUGGGUGGUGUAUGCUCCCUGCAAAUGACAACUCCUCAGAAAAAUAAACUCCUCCCAAACUGAGGAGGGAGUACAGAAGGGACCUGAUGAAGCAAGUCAGGAAUGCAAGUUAGAAGCUACUGCCCCUAUUAACUCUUCAGAACUCAAAGACAAUGUUAUCAAACAAACAGCCAUAUCUGACAACCCAACUGGUACAAUUGUAAGAAGCUGCUGUAGGACUGGGA